AUGUUAACUCCGCGGAAAUUGCCUUCCAUUUCCCCAUUCGUAAUCGCCGACUCAAAUAGGAUCACAUUUUGCGAAAACAGGAAAUAUAUCACCGAAUUGGCACAUCGGCUCACGUUGAGAUCAAAAGGGGGUAAGAGCUGCCCAGAAACAGUAUUCUUACUCGUUUUCUUUGUCCUUUUCAGAAUUACAUCACUUAAUACGAGCAAACAAAACCUUAAAGGUUACGCCCAUUUUCCGGGUAACUUCUCGGCGUCUCGUUUCUUUUCUCGUUUAGUGGAUAUACGAUAUUAUAUGAUGUUAUACAUAUCUUUUUUCUUUUUUUUUUUUCGGUCAUUUUCACAUUUCGGACUGUCGGGUCAAAAGACAAAUUCGAGUCAUGGCAUCGCACGCGCCAUUGUUGCGGAUCGACGGAUGUGGAGCAAGCAUAAAAAUGCAUAUGAAUCACGAGAAUAUUAA